ACAUGUUCAAGUUCACAAAGUGAAAACUGCUUUGAAAAGCAAAACUCCUCAGGUCCUUAGAAAGGAAGAAGAGGAAGGAAACCCACUGAAGCAGUUAUGCAUUUCCCGUCAGAAGAGGAAUAUUCCAUUUCCCUCUGGUGACCAAGCAGGAAUUGAAGAAACAAAGCAAAACACCAGUUUGUAGAACUGAUCUCAGUACUUAUAGACAGUUGUUUUAUCUUUACAAAGAGAUUGAGGUUCCACUGAUGACCAGAAGUUGCAUGAUUUAGAUAAUGUUAGAGCAUACUUCCCCUGUAAAAGGAAGAGGCCAGAAGAGAAAAUGAUUAUUUCUAAAUAAUAACUGAAUUUAAAGCUGGAUGCUCAUGUUUGUAAGCAAGAAGAAUGUGGUGUCUAUUCCUACUAUAUGUUGGGAAGAUGAGGGAUACAUGCAAGCAAGCAACUCUAAGUCUUUUUCUGGAAGAGUUAGUCUACCAAGAGAAAUGAGGUGUAAGGCUGGAGAUACCUGCAAAUCACUUUCUAGCACCAUGGCAGUUAUGGAGUAGGGAGGAGGCUUCCAAUUCAUGUUCAGCUUGAUUUCUCAGUGUCCUGCAACCAAUCCAUCUUGUGUCUUCAGCAAUAGGGUCUUGCCAUCUAGUCUUGAUUUCCUGAACACCAGCAAGGGCUGACCAACCUGUAGGGAAAAGGUGGAACUAGAAACUAAGCAUCCUUUAAGGGAUUGUUCUGGUUGAUACUAUGAAACGGCGACAAAAGAGGAAACAUCUGGAAAUUGAAGAGUCCCAGGAAGCUGAUGAGAAGGCAGGAGGAAUUUCAAAGUCACAAGAGGAUGUCCCUCAGCCUGAAUUCACUGGCGUGAACAAAGUCCAGAGUCCAGGGGUAGGGGAGGUCUCCUCUGCCUCUGAAUACUUCUCCUGUGUUUCUUCUCCAUACAAUCUUAUCCAUCGUAGUAAGGGUGCGAAGAUUCUUCAGUGUGAGACUCUGGGAAUCCGGAAAUUACAACGAGACAGUCCCAAGCCCAGAUCACCCCUAGCCCUAGUUCAGGAAGGAGGGGAGACUACUGCCCCCUCACAGCAUGCCUCCUCGUCCUGUCCAUCUUAUAAGACUUGUGUGUCCUCUCUGCAUACACACACACAGGAAAGGGGCAUGAAAAUAUACUACAUGCAGGUGCAAAUGAGAAAAGGUGUGGCUGUCUCUUGGGAGACAGAGGAAUCCUCAGAAUCCCUAGAAAAGCAUCCAAGGAUGGAAGAAGUGACCCUUCCUGAGGGUGUAUGGGUAGGUACUCCCCCUUCUGAUGUGUCCACCAGAAACCUCCUGUCGGACAGUGAGCCCAGUGGGGAAGAGAAAGAACAUGAGGAAAAGACAGAGUCAGAAAGCCUACCAGGGUCACCCACAGUUGAGGAGAGACCCAGGGCCAAGACACCUGACUGGUUGGUGACCAUGGAGAAUGGCUUCAGGUGCAUGGCCUGCUGCAGGGUCUUUACCACCAUGGACAGCCUCCGGGAGCAUGUGCAGUAUGGGAUCAGGGAGGGCUUCAGCUGCCACGUCUUCCAUCUCACCAUGGCUCAGCUGAUAGGCAAUGUGGAAUCAGAGAGCAUCCAGGAGGAGGAGGACAAUGACAACGAGGAAGAAAAGAAACAAAAAGAAAAGGGGAACGAGGAGCAACAACCCACUGAGGAAGACCUUGGCAUGAAGAAACCCUGGAGCCAAUGUCCAGGCUAUGUGUUUGAUUCUCCAAAGGACAGAACAACUGAGAUUCCUAGCCCAGAAGAUCCUGGAAGAUGGGGUGACCUUCUCUUGGUAGAGGAAGAAGAAAGGACCAUUGAGACUGCAGCAGCAGCAGAAUGCCAAUAGUGUAAAGAAGGACCAAGGGGCCAAACAGUCUAAUGUAUCAACAUCAUAUGGAAUAAAGAUUGUUUUCCAAACCUCGUCUGUUAAAAUUCAGUUAGAAAAUUAAUCUAUCUAUCCACCUGUCCAUCUCUGGCAGUUUGUGAAUGAACACUAUAGAUAUCUCCAAUAUUUUCUAAAGGCACCAGUCAAUACUCAAUACCCAAGCUCCAGGAAAUGAUCAUGAAUCUGUAUGACAAUUUUUUCCAAGGCUAGAUUUCACAUUUUAUAGGAGAUCAGGAAAAAUUCUACUGGGUUCAGAAGAAAUAACUAGAAAAUAGGCACUGUGGAAAGCAUGCUUAUUGGGCCAUGGUUGAAAGCAUGGAGCAGGGUUUGGCUGGAGAAAGGACGCUUCAUGGUUCUGGAGGGUGGUAUGCAUGAUCAUGAUGUUGUCGGGUUUUCAAAGGGUGAGGGGUCAUAACAUGUCUUUCUAAUCUGAAUAGGGGAAAAGCAGGCCCUAGAGGAAAGAUGGAGUUAGGAAAUAAUUUGAAAUUAAGAGUUUUCAUUAGUUUAAACAACAUUCUAAUUCCAAAGUCCCAUAGGUUGCUGGAGAGCCUGUAGUAGAUCUUUAUGAAGCUUUAUUGAGUCAGAA